AUGGGAGAUCAAGGGAGGCCUGGAGGGCCCAUCCGAUUCAAGACCACCUUCACAAACACCAUCUACGAGGCCAUGAAGCGCAGGGGGUGGAGGGAGACCAACAGCGACUCGGACUGGGACUUUAUAUGGGCGGAGCGGGAUAUCGCCUAUGACACGUUUGACACGAGGCACCUCCUCAACUGGCAGAGGGUCAACCACUUUCGGAACGACCGAGAGUUAUGCCGGAAAGAUCUCUUGGUCAAGAACCUCAAGAAGCGAAAGAGAUCGAUCCAGAAAGAAGGCCAUCAGGGUGAGGCCGAUCGGCACGACUUCUGGCCGACGACCUACGUUCUUCCCGGAGAGUACGCGCUCUUUGCGGAGGAAUCAAAGCGGAGAGCCAACAGCAAGUGGAUCAUGAAGCCGAUCGCACGCUCGCAGGGCAGAGGGAUAUUCAUCGUGACGAAGCUGAGUCAGAUCAGCAAGUGGAAGUCCGACAGCCGGUGGGAGAAGACCAAGGAAGACACCCCGGAGACCUACGUCGUGCAGCGAUACGUCACCAACCCCUACCUGGUCGCGGGGCGCAAGUUCGACAUGCGCCUCUACGUCCUCGUCACCUCGUACAUGCCCAUGACGGUGUGGGUUUACCGCUCGGGGUUCUGCCGCUUCUCGCACGCCCGCUACUCCAACGCCACGGAAGACCUCGAGGACAUGGAAAGGCACCUCACGAACAUCGCCAUACAGAAACGAACAGAGAGCUACGACAAGGAGUUCGGCGGCAAGUGGGGGAUCCGGCAGCUGAAGCUGCACCUCAUGGCGCUCCACGGAGUGGCCGCGGUUAAUACCCUCUUCCACGAGAUACAGUCGCUCAUCCUGCGGAGUCUCCUGUCCGUGCAACAGGUGAUGAUCAACGACAAGCAUUGCUUUGGGCUGUACGGGUACGACAUCCUGUUCGACGAUAAGCUGAAACCGUGGCUACUAGAGGUCAAUGCCUCGCCGUCCCUUUCCGCCAACACGCCCGCUGACAAGGAGCUCAAGGUCACCAUGCUCUCCAGCGUCCUCGACGUCAUCGACCUCGAGGGGCGUAACCAGGGGGACGAAAUACGCGUCGGCGGCUUCGACCUCAUCCACGCCGGCGGGUCGACCAGCAGCACCUCUCCCUCCGCCAACAUGCGCGGCGGCGGAGGCGUGGGGAUGGGGGGGGCAGGCUUAGGGGACAAGAACGGCUUCUACACGACGGCGUUGGGUGCAGAGAUCCCCCAGCAGAGGGUCGAUCGCAUGCCCCGGGCUAACGAAUCAUCGAGCAGUCUACCCCCCUCCGGAGCCAGCAGCGGCGGAGGGGGGAAUGGAUGCGGGACGGGAACAGCCGGGGGAGACGCAACAGGCGGGGGAGCGAGCAACUGA